CACACACACACACACACAGUGAGUUUUUGCCAUUCUCAUCCUCUGGAAUGCAAAGUCAACACACAACUGGAUGCACACCAGCAGACUGCAGAAGUUACGAUGCGCAUCUAUUUAUAGCACCUUCUCCGCACUUUUCCUCUAACUUGUGUUCCGCAGUACCUGUAAGUUAAGAGUCAAGUAGUCCUCUGUCGGGUCGGAGGCGAAUCUCCUGUUCGGGAGACGAGCUUUGACUCCAGACCUUUUGUCGGAUACUUUUAUUCUCCCGAGCACUGGAGCUGUGCGCGUUUGGGAGUGGACAUGCCGGAUUGUAAGCGUGGAGGACGGCUGCUGCAGUUGUCCGUGGCUCUGGUGGCCUUGCUGUCGCUCUGCGCCGAGCUUGGAGACGCCGCAGAGGUGUUGGAGACCGAGGACAGCGGGACGAUGAGCAAGCAGACCGACUCCCGAGCCACCAGGGCCAAGAGGAGGGGAGGGUCGGACGUCCUCAGAGGACCAAAUGUGUGUGGCUCACGGAACAACGCCUACUGCUGCCCCGGCUGGAAGACUCUGACCGGAGGAAACCAGUGCAUUGUUCCGAUCUGCCGGAGUACAUGUGGAGAUGGUUUCUGCUCCAGACCCAACAUGUGCACCUGCCCCAACGGCCAGAUCGCCCCAUCCUGUGGAUCCAAGUCAGUCCAGCACUGUAACGUUCGGUGUAUGAACGGGGGCUCGUGUGCCGAGGACAACUGCCAGUGUCAGAAAGGCUACGUGGGAAACCACUGCGGUCAACCGGUCUGUGAAAACGGUUGUCUCAACGGAGGACGCUGCGUGGGCCCCAACAGAUGUGUGUGUACCUACGGCUUCACCGGCGCCCAGUGUGAACGAGACUACCGCACCGGGCCGUGCUUCGCCUCGGUGCACAACCAGAUGUGUCAGGGCCAGCUCACAGGCAUCGUGUGCACAAAGACUUUGUGCUGCGCCACAGUGGGACGGGCUUGGGGUCACCCCUGCGAGAUGUGCCCGGCCCAGCCUCAGCCCUGCCGCAGAGGGUUCAUACCAAACCACCGCACCGGGGCGUGCCAAGAUGUGGACGAGUGCCAGGCCAUCCCUGGCAUCUGUGAAGGAGGAAACUGUAUCAACACAGUGGGGUCCUUUGAGUGUAAAUGCCCCGCUGGGCACAAGUUCAACGAGGUCUCACAGAAAUGUGAUGAUCUGGACGAGUGUUCAAACAUUCCAGGUCUCUGUGGUGUAGGCGAAUGCUCCAACACUGCCGGCAGCUACUUCUGCAAGUGUCCCCAGGGAUAUUACACCUCCUCGGAUGGAUCCAGGUGUAUAGAUUCACGAGGUGGAUACUGCUUUGCUAGCCUGCUGAACGGGCGCUGCGCCAACCAAAACUCGCAGCUGGUGACCAAAAUGCAGUGCUGCUGUGACAGUGGACGCUGCUGGUCCGAUAGAUCCACCCCUGAAAUGUGCCCCAUUCGUGGAACAGAGGAGUACCAGAAGCUGUGCUUCCAGAUGCCUGAUGGUCGUGUCCCAGGAAGCCCCGACGUGCCCGGCAUCUACCCGAUCCUAUAUCCCGGGCAAACUCCUGGUCAAGUCCCUGGACAGGUACCAGUGUUUCCCGGUCAAAUUCCCAUCCAGGUGCCUGGUCAAGGGCCGGGUCCGUUUCCUGGACAAAUUCCAGGCCAGAUCCCAGGCCAGAUCCCAGGCCAGAUCCCAGGCCAGAUCCCAGGACAAUUCCCAUAUCCAGGACAACUGCCGUUACAACCUCAACCAGGUCCCGGUAUUAUCCAAACCCAGAACAUCACCAACAUGUGCCAGGCCUACCGCACCCUCUGCCAGAACGGCAGGUGUAUCCCCAUGCCGAGCAUCGGGUACCGCUGUGAGUGCAACAUGGGCUUCAAGUUGAAUGACAGAGGAGAGUGCUUCGAUGCCGAUGAGUGUGAGAGAAGCCCGUGUGCUCACGGAGACUGUGUGAACACGCCCGGGUCUUACAUCUGUCAGUGUCCAGCUGGAUUCCAGACUACCGCCACCAGGACGGAGUGCCGAGACCUGGACGAGUGUGUGGCCAACGGCCGCAUCUGCAACAACGGCCGCUGUGUGAACACCGUGGGAAGCUUCCACUGCGUCUGCAACGCUGGAUUCGAGAUUUCAGGAGAUGGAAAAAACUGUCAAGACCAGGACGAAUGUCUGAUCAGGAACAUGUGUCUGAAUGGACUGUGUAUCAAUGACGAUGGCAGCUUCAAAUGCAUCUGUAAACCUGGGUUCCUGCUGGACACCAGUGGACGCAUGUGUGUAGACAUCGAUGAGUGCGAGACUCCGGGCAUGUGCAUGAACGGCCGCUGCGUCAACACAGAAGGAUCCUUCCGCUGCGAGUGUGCGGCCGGGAUGGCAGUGGGCCUGGAUGGGCGAGUCUGCGUCGAUACGCACAUGCGCAGUUCGUGCUACGGUGGCUACAAGCGCGGGCAGUGCGUUCGGCCUUUGUUUGGCGCCGUGACCAAGUCGCAGUGCUGCUGUGCCAGCACGGCGACGGGAAUAGAGUUCGCCUACGGAGAGCCCUGCCAACCCUGCCCACCACAAAGCUCUGCUGAAUUCCUGGCUCUGUGCCCCAGUGGCAUCGGCACAAGCGUCGAUGGAAGAGACAUUAACGAGUGCGCCCUGGACCCGGACCUCUGCCAGAACGGGGUGUGUGAGAACAUGGUGAGGACCUUCAAAUGCGACUGCAACGAAGGCUUCGAGGUGGACCUGACGGGCAAAAACUGCGUCGAUAUCGAUGAGUGCCUGAUGAACAGGCUGCUGUGUGAAAACGGUCUGUGCAGAAACACGCCGGGCAGUUUCACCUGCCAGUGUCCCAAAGGAUACCUCUUCGACCCCGAGGCAGACGUCUGCACGGAUGUGGAUGAGUGUCUGUCCAGCCCCUGUGUCAAUGGAGACUGUAGGAACAGCCAAGGGUCCUUUGUGUGUUUGUGUUCACUCGGCAGUUCGCUGGACAGCACCGGGAUGGAGUGUAUCGAGACUACUAAGAGCACCUGCUGGCUGAAGAUAGUCAAUAACCGCUGUGAGGUCAACAUCAACGGGGCCACACUGAAGUCCCACUGUUGUGCCACACUGGGAGAAGCCUGGAACAGCCCGUGUGCCAAAUGUGAAAAGGAUCCGAUCUGCGGCAAAGGCUUCGCCAGAGUCAAAGGAAACGCCUGUGAAGAUGUGGACGAGUGCCAGGUGUUCCCCGGCGUGUGCAUCAACGGGAAAUGCAUCAACACACCGGGCUCCUUCUUCUGCCAGUGCCCUCCGGGGAUGACUGUGGACGUGAGCGGCAGGACCUGCAUCGACCUGCGCAUGGAGCACUGCUACCUCACCCAUGACGACGAGCGCUGCGGGGCCGCCAUCCCGGGGAGGCAGCGCGUGGAUGCCUGCUGCUGCUCAGUGGGCGUGGCCUGGGGCCCCGAGUGCGACGAGUGUCCCGAGAGGGGCACCCCGGAGUACGCCCGGCUCUGCCCCCGCGGCCCGGGCUUCUCGCACAGGGGGGACUUCCUCAACGGCAGACCCUUCCUCAAAGAUAUAAAUGAAUGCAGAAUGAUAAACAGCUUGUGCUCAAAUGGAAGGUGUAGAAACACCGUCGGGAGCUUCCGGUGUCGGUGUGAUAACGGCUACGCUCUGGACUCGGAUGAGAGGAACUGCACCGACAUCGACGAGUGCCACAUCUCUCCGGACCUGUGCGGACAGGGCAGAUGCGUCAACACGUUCGGAGACUUUAAAUGCGAGUGCUUCGAAGGUUACGAGAGCGGCUUCAUGAUGAUGAAGAACUGCAUGGACAUCGAUGAGUGUGAGAGGAACCCUCUGCUGUGCCGCGGAGGUGAAUGUGUAAACACAGAGGGCAGCUUCCAGUGUAUGUGCCCCGAGGGGCACGAGAUCGCGCCCGAUGGCUCGGCGUGUCUAGAUAUCAACGAAUGUGACCUGAGUGACAGGCUGUGCAGGAACGGCCAGUGUGUCAACAUGGUCGGCCGCUACCAGUGUUCCUGCGAUACGGGAUACAAAUCCACAGAGAACAGACUGGAGUGCGUCGACAUCGACGAGUGCACCAUCGAGAAUGGCGGCUGUGAGACUUUCUGCACCAACUCGGAGGGAAGCUACGAGUGCAGCUGCCACAGCGGAUACGCCCUGAUGCCCGACCUGAGAAGCUGCACCGAUAUUGAUGAGUGUGAGGAGAGCGCCGAAAUAUGUGACGGAGGCCAGUGCAGCAACACCCCGGGGACGUACCAGUGCCUGUGCUUUGACGGUUUCAUGUCGUCCGACGACGUGAAGACCUGCCUGGAUGUGGAUGAGUGUGAUCUGAACUCAAACAUCUGUCUGAGCGGGAACUGUGAGAACACGAAGGGAUCCUUCAUCUGCCACUGUGACCUGGGCUUCUCCGUCCGCAAGGGAACCACCGGCUGCACAGAUGUCAAUGAGUGUGAGAUAGGAGCCCAUAACUGUGACAGACAGGCCACCUGCACCAACACGGCCGGAGGCUUCAAAUGCAACUGUUCUCCAGGAUGGAUCGGCGACGGCCUCAAAUGCACAGACCUGGAUGAGUGCUCAAAUGGGACCCACAUGUGCAGCAACAACGCCGACUGUCUCAACACCAUGGGCUCCUACCGCUGCGCGUGCAAGGACGGAUUCUCUGGAGAUGGAUUCUACUGCUCAGACAGCGACGAGUGUGCGGAGAACGGCAACUUGUGUGAGAAUGGCCACUGUCUGAACCUGCAAGGAGGCUUCCGCUGUGAAUGUGACAUGGGCUUCGUGCCGACUCCCGAAGGAAAGGCCUGCAAGGACAUAGACGAAUGCACCUUUGCUGACAUCUGUGUCCACGGACGUUGCCAGAACAUCCCUGGACUUUUCAGAUGUGAUUGUAACGUUGGUUAUGAACUGGACAGGAGUGGAGGCAACUGCACAGACAUUAACGAGUGUGCAGACCCGACAAUCUGUAUUAAUGGAAUAUGCGUCAACAUCCCUGGAAGCUACCACUGCAACUGCCCUCCAGACUUCGAACUCAACCCCACUCGGGUGGGCUGUGUAGACACUCGCUCCGGGAGCUGCUACCUAGAUGUCCGUGCCCGAGGAGACGCGUCGGAGAGCUUGGAAUGCUCCAGGGAGAUUGGAGUCGGUGUUUCCAAAGCGUCGUGCUGCUGUUCCCACGGCGCAGGCUGGGGGAAUCCCUGUGAAGCGUGUCCCUUCACAAACUCAACGGAGUACAAGACGCUGUGUCCUGGAGGAGAAGGCUUCAGUCCGAACCCCAUCACUGUCAUCUUGGAAGACAUCAAUGAGUGCCGGGAGCUGCCGGGCUUGUGCCAGGGAGGACAGUGCAUCAACACCUUUGGCAGUUUCCAGUGUGAAUGUCCAAGAGGCUACGCCCUCAACGCCGAAACCAGAAUCUGUGAAGAUGUCAACGAGUGUGAACAGAAGGGGAUCUGUGGCCCGGGCCAGUGCUACAACACCAUUGGAAACUACACGUGUAUCUGCCCCGCGGACUACAUGCAGGUCAACGGCGGAAACAACUGCAUGGACAUGAGGAAGAGCUUCUGCUACAGGAACUUCUACUCUGACAACGGGACGUGCGAUGGAGAGCUGACCUUCAACAUAACCAAAAAGGCUUGCUGUUGCUCCUACAACAUGGGCCGUGCAUGGAAUAAACCCUGUGACCGGUGCCCUCUGACCGGGACCGAUGAGUUUCCGAUCCUAUGCGGCAGUGACAAAUGGGGAUUUGGCAUCGACAUCAUCACGGGACGGAUCGUGGACAUUGAUGAGUGCAGGGAGAUCCCGGGAGUGUGUGAGAACGGAGUGUGCAUCAACAUGGUCGGCAGCUUCAGGUGCGAGUGCCCCAUCGGCUUCGUGUACAACGACAAGCUGUUGAUUUGCGAAGAUAUUGACGAGUGUCAGAACGGACCGGUGUGCCAGCAGAACGCCGCCUGCCUCAACCUGCCGGGAAGCUACCGCUGCGAGUGUAAACCAGGAUAUCGCUCCAGCCCCACGGGACAGUGUCUCGACCGCAACGAAUGCCUGGAGAAUCCUGGUGUGUGCAACCCGGGUCAGUGCAUCGACUUUGUGGGGGGCUACCGCUGCAUCUGCCCCAACGGCUUCAAAACCACGCGGGACCAGUCGAUGUGUGUCGACGUGGACGAGUGCGAGAGGCAGCCCUGUGGCAACGGGACCUGCAAGAACACGGUGGGCUCCUACAACUGCCUCUGCUACCCCGGCUUUCAGAACUCGCACAACGGCGACUGCAUAGAUGUCGACGAGUGUUCGACGCAGAGAGGCAUGUGUCGAAACGGCCAGUGCGUCAACGCCGUGGGCAGCUUCCUCUGCGUGUGCAACGACGGCUACGAGCUCACUUUGGACGGCAGAACGUGUACAGAUAUCAACGAAUGUGCAGUGAAUCCGGGCACGUGCGGCGCGGGGACGUGUCUGAAUCUGGACGGCUCUUACAGGUGUAUCUGCCCACCUGGAUACUACCUCCACGAGGAAACCUGUGAAGACAUUGACGAGUGCUCCCAGGCGCCCGAGAUCUGCACAUUCGGAACCUGCUCCAACACUGAGGGAAGCUUCACCUGCUUGUGCCCCGAAGGCUUCCAGGUCUCUGCCUCCGGACGCAGAUGUUUAGAUAUCCGUGUGAACUCCUGCUAUACCAAGUUCGAAAACGGCCGCUGCCUGGCUCCAAAGCCUCAGCUCACGUCUAAGGAAGAAUGCUGCUGUACUGGGAUGCCAGGUCAAGGGUGGGGAGAUCCCUGUGAAAUCUGCCCCACCAAGGGAGAGGACGGUUAUCCUCUCCUUUGUCCCAAUGAGGGGUAUCAACAGGGGCCAGACGACCGCCCAAAAGACAUUGACGAAUGCCUCAAUGACCCUUGCAUCAACGGCCAGUGCAUCAACAUAGACGGCUCCUUCCGCUGUGAAUGUCCCAUGGGAUACCAUCUGGACACCAGCAAAGUCCAGUGCGAAGACACUAAUGAGUGUGCCGCUGGCAAUCCCUGCGGAAACGGCACAUGCAACAACGUCAUUGGUGGCUUUGAGUGCGCGUGCGAGGACGGCUUUGAGCCUGGGCCAAUGAUGACCUGUGAAGACAUCAAUGAGUGCUCCCAGAAUCCUUUACUGUGCGCCUUCCGAUGCGUUAACGUGGUGGGCUCGUACGAGUGCAAGUGUCCCACCGGCUACGUGCUGCGCGAGGACAAGAGGAUGUGUAAAGAUCAGAAUGAGUGUGAGGACGGUAUAGAUGACUGCGCCAGCAGAGGCAUGACCUGCAAAAACCUGAUCGGCACCUAUAUGUGCAUCUGUUCCCCUGGUUACACACGGCAGCCCGGCGGAGACGGUUGCAUGGAUCUGAAUGAGUGUUUAGCCAAACCGGCUGUAUGUAAGAAUGGCCGUUGUGAGAACACGGUGGGAAGCUUCCGCUGCAGAUGUGACCAAGGAUUCGUCGCCAACCCCACGCAGACCGAAUGUAUCGAUAACCGCGAGGGCUUCUGUUUCACGGAGGUUCUGACCACUCUGUGUCAGAUGACUUCUAGUAACAGGAACUUGGUGACCAAGUCAGAGUGCUGCUGUGAUGGAGGCCGAGGCUGGGGAACCAACUGUGAGCUGUGUCCUCUGCCCGGGACUACUCAGUACAAGAAGAUGUGUCCCCUGGGACCGGGGUUCACCACUGAUGGCAGAGAUAUUGACGAGUGUCGCGUGAUGGGCAACUUGUGCAAAAACGGCCAGUGUCUCAACACUUUGGGCUCCUACACCUGCAACUGCAAGCCCGGCUACAGCACUGACAUCAGCAGCACCCAGUGUGUGGAUGUGGAUGAGUGCAUACAGGCACCGAAGCCUUGCAACUUUAUCUGUAAGAACACAGAGGGAGGCUACCUCUGUUCCUGCCCCCGCGGAUACAUCCUACAGGAAGAUGGAAAGAGCUGCCGAGAUCUGGAUGAGUGUUCGACCAAACAGCACAACUGUCAGUUCUUGUGUGUGAACACCAUCGGCGGGUUCACCUGCAAAUGUCCCGCCGGCUUCACCCAGCAUCACACGGCCUGCAUCGACAACAAUGAAUGUGCGUCCGACCCCAAUCUGUGCGGCUCCAACGGCGCCUGCCAGAACACUCCGGGAAGCUUCAAUUGCGACUGCCAGCGGGGAUUCUCAUUGGAUCCCAACGGACAAGCAUGUGAAGAUAUGGACGAGUGCGACGGCAACCACCGGUGUCAGCAUGGCUGUCAGAACCUGGUGGGUGGAUACAGGUGCAGCUGUCCACAGGGAUACCUACAGCACUACCAGUGGAACCAGUGUGUGGAUGAGAACGAGUGCCAGAACAGCCAGAUCUGCGGGGGGGCGUCGUGCCACAACACCCUGGGGAGCUUCCGCUGCCUCUGCCCCACCGGCUUCAACUACGAGCAGACGGGCGGCGGGUGCUCCGACGUCAACGAGUGCUCCACCAGCCACAACCCCUGCAAGUUCGGCUGCUCCAACACGGACGGGGGCUACCUGUGCGGGUGUCCCGCGGGGUACUUCCGUGCGGGACAAGGGCACUGCGUCACGGGUCUGGGCUUCACCGGGGGAGACUCCGGGGCCGGGGAGGGAGGCGAGGUGGACGAUAACUCGCUGUCCCCCGAGGCCUGCUACGAAUGCAAGAUCAACGGCUACCCCAAGAAGGGACGCAAACGGCGCAGCAGCAACUCCACGCAGGAGGAGCCGCAGCAGGACGUGCAGCCGGCCGAGAAGGAGAUGGUCAGCCUGGCCAGCGUGGACGUCGAGGACACUCUGCGCCUCCACUUGAACGUCAGCGACCUCGGGAGCCGCGCCCACAUCCUGCAGUUCACCCCGGCCCUCUCCGCCCUCAGCGACCACGUGCGCUACAGCAUCGACUACGGAAACGAAGGGGGCUACUUCAAGAUCAACCAGCGCGAGGGCGUCAGCUACCUGCACCUGAGCAAGAAGAAGGCCCUCCCCCCGGGGGCGUACUCCCUGCAGAUCAGCAGCGUGCCCCUCUACAGGGAGGAGGAGCUGGCGGCGCUGGAGGACCGACACGAUAAAGACUACCUCACUGGACAGCUGGGAGACGUACUGAAGAUGAGGGUGCAGAUCGUCCUCCAUUAACCGCCACGGGACUGAGACCCGGCGGAUGUUGUCGGCGGCGGCUGAUCCAGCGACAGGCUCACGAUACGCCAAACGCCAAACAUCCCUGACUCUGGAUCAGCGGUUAGAGGCAACUUCCACCCGCUCCCACAGGCGGAACGGCUCGCCACCAAAGAGACAAGGAAGGGGAGGGAGGGGAAUAGGAUGGGAUGGGAUGGGGAGGGGGGAGGGGGGGGACUGCAUCGUUUGAUUGCCAAAGAUGAUUCUACAUAUCCUAGCUAAAAUGUUGGUGCAAAACGCCAGCUGAAUGAGGCAGUGUGACAGAUUUCAGUCAAAAUGAAGAACAUGUUGCCCCCCCCCCGACACACGACUUCAGCUGUGUGUGAAGCACUGUUGAGAAUGUGAGUGGUUUUUAAUUGUACGGUUUGGUGUUGUGCGACGAUAUGUGGAAUCAGGUGCCACUUUGAAGGGCAUGAGGACUGCAGAAAGCUCUAAAGGCUGAGUUUUUUUUUUUUCUUUUCUUUUUAGAACCCCGCCUCGGUGGAAGGGUGAGUCCCAAUAGUCCGCAAUAAAAUUCACUUCCUCCCCCCCCCAGGGAAAACAACUAAACCAACCUGGAUACACGAAAGUGAACACGUUUCUCCUUCCCAUGAUGUUAAUUUAAUGGAGCGUAGAUUAAAUUAUGAGAAUGUUUAGGAGAGGAAAGGAACCCACUCUGGACUAUUGAGAUGUAGCCGUGUCUGAGCUUGAAUGACUCCCAACUGCUUAUUUAAAUUAGGCUUUUCCAUCUUUCCUACUGACUAGAACAAUUCCUAUCUACUGGUGCUAGCCGAACACGUCCACAAACUACACAUGCACUGUACUACUACACAAAACUCAGUAGUCAACGACACAAUCCCAUUGGUCAGCCUGAAGAUUUCAUGUCCUUGCAACAGUAACAGCUCGCCGCGUAGCCUGUCCGCGCUCCUCUAUACUACAUGUAAAUUGUGUUUAUACUGUAAUAAUCGAUGCCACUUUUAAUCUAUGAAGCAUUUGUUAACUAGGGGAAGCCCCUGGAAUAGAGGGGUUUGUAAUGGUGCUUAUAAUGACCAACUACUUCCUUUGUAAACUGUGUAUACAUAUACACACACAUUGAUGACGCCAAACCUGGGCCUUCAUGAUUAUGCACUGAGGUCUUUCGUGGCCAAACACUCUCACAAAAUAGAAUCAGUGCUCCAUUGCCACGGACCAGCCGGACAUCAGUCUGUGUUCACAUCAGUGAGGGUUUAGUUGUAAAUUCACAAUAAAAACAUGUUUGGUGUAUAUGUA